UGACGCUCACCUAUCCUGCGCAGCUAUAAAACUUUCAUUUGCGUCCUGCUUUGAGAAACGAUGGGUGUCAAACGAUCACGUUCCGACUCUGACUGUGAAUCUCCUCCCAAGAAAAGGAGAGAGAGUACGGAAGGCGAUUUGCGGUUUAAAGGGUCCCGCAAAGAACAUUUGGAGGACCUGUACCACCAGGGGGAGCUACUGGGAGAGGGUGGUUUUGGAGCCGUGUAUGCCGGCACUCGCAAGGCCGAUGGCUUCCCAGUGGCUAUCAAAUAUGCCCGAAAGGAUGACAAGGAGCUAGAACUGCCUGGACUUGACGAGCCCAUCCCAUUGGAAGUGGCGCUAAUGAUGCUCGUCAGCCAUGAGUCAUCUUGUGCCAACGUGCUGAAGCUCCUGGACUGGUUCAGUGGCCCAGAAGAUUACAUUAUGAUCCUGGAAAGGCCGGAUCCAUGCCAGGAUCUGUACGAAUUCUGCUAUAGCAAAGGGGGCUACCUCUCAGAAGAUGUUACAAGGCACGUGCUGGUCCAGGUGCUCCAGGCUUUGCGUCACUGCCAGGACUCAGGCGUCUUCCAUCGCGACCUCAAAACAGAGAAUCUGUUAAUCAGGACGGACACUUUGGAGGUUAAACUAAUUGAUUUUGGCUGUGGAGACAAAUGGAAAGACACCCCCUAUGUGGAAUAUUCAGGAACAGAGGACUUUGCUCCCCCAGAGGUAUUCCUGAGUGGGGAGUAUCUAGCUGGCCCCACCACGGUCUGGUCUGUAGGUGUCACACUUUACGAGCUAGUGUGCGGUUACUUGCCCUUCCGCAACAAGAGGGCAAUCAUCUCAGGCUGCCUGAUAUUCCCCUCAUGGGUCUCUCCUGACUGCUGCAGUCUGAUUCGCCAGUGCCUGAGGCGUAAGGUGGCGGAUAGGCUGACGUUGGAACAGAUUCAGGUCCAUCCAUGGCUGCUGCAGACAACGGCCCACUUCCCGGAUCCACUUCCCCUCCACAUCAAGGGCGACUGCGUGGAGAGGGUCCAGACCUUUACCUUCCUGGGCACCACAAUCUCUUCUGACCUCUCCUGCACUGAAAACAUCACAGUUGCCAUCAAGAAAGCCCAGCAGCAUCUGCAUUUCCUGAGAGUGCUCAGGAAGAACAACAUCAGUGAGAAGCUGCUGGUGACCUUCUACUGCUCCACCAUUGAGAGCAUUCUAACAUAG